AUGCCUGUGGCAUCAGUAUUGUCAACUUCUCUCCGGUUGAAUGGAGUGCAGGAGCAAAGGCAAGGUUCGGCAGCCUCUUCGCGGCCUGUUAGCUCUGGUGUGCGCAGCACCUUUGAAGGAACCUACCCGAGUUCUUCCAGGACAGGGCGAGAGAGUUUGUAUUCUCCGAGUUGCACAUUUAAACCAACAGACUUUGGUGCCGCUGAGGUAAAAGAGGCCAUGAACGUCUUGAAGAAGCUUCUCUCCCCUGUAAUUAUGCGCAGAGUUUUGAGAAUACGGAAAUUAAGGCGCUGGCCCGGCGAAAACGUGAAGCGAGUGUAUACAAUAGACUCCAUUGUUCACGCUAUUCGUUCCUCAGAUUCAAUUAUAGCGAAUUGGCCAGAGGAAAUUCUUAGGCUGUUUGCAGAGGAAGCAGUGUACUUUUAUCUGGAGCCAAAGGAAAUCAUUGUGUACAUGAAUGAAUGGUACGUGUCUAGUGGGAUUGUGGUUUUGUUGUAUGGUGAACUUAAUGAAGGAACAGCAUGUCUGGGAUCGCUAACUUCCUUGACUGGACGACCCUACUAUUUCCGACAUUCCGCUCAAGCAGUCCUUUGCGAUCAGGUUGUUCUUUGUCAGGAUGUCUCAACUGCGCUUAUAUUAGCACGUGAAUAUGCUGAUGUGGCCGUGUUGCCCGCUCGAUGGGUGUGGGAUGUUAUCAAUAGAUACGUUUUACAACACUUUGGCGGAAGCGUGCUGGAUUGCCUGAAGUUUACUAUUUCACCUAUGCGUGAAAGAAUCAUGAGGGAAACCUACUUCCCCACAUCGCUGGCCCUCCGUCGCAGUUGGAUGUGGUCACUGUUUGGUUCCAGGGACAGAAUACGUCUCGCGCGGUUAAUGACAGUGAGGACGUUUUGCAUAGGUGACACGCUAUUCUGUGAGGGAGAUCAUGACCCCUACAUGCACAUAAUACGCCGUGGAGUUAUAAAAGUGGUAGUUAAGAAUAAACCACUGCUUGAGUUUGACUCAGGUUCCUCCUUUGGUGAAGUAAGCAUUUUAUUUGACGAACCUCGCUCUUGUCGCGCUGUUGCCUCAACAAUGUGCGAGGUUUACUCCCUGCAUCGAACUCACUUAAUGAAAUAUCUGCGAAAGCGACCAAGAUUGCAUGAAGCCAUGAUAAGAACAGCGCUGGAACGGCGUGAAAGGUGGCUUGAGGAUGGGAGGCAGCGAGAAGUCAUGGGACUUGCCUGUUUACUUGCUGGAGUUCCUUGCCUCAGCCAAAGCACGGAGAGGGUGCGCAUUUCCCUUGCAAUGGAAGCCAAAACGUAUGUUCUUCCACCGAACCAGACAUUGUUUGCCAAGGGUACAAUAUGCGAUAGUCUGUUUGUCAUUGGACGUGGGACCUUGAUGGUGGAGACUGGAAGGGAGGAUCGCAGUGUACGAUCAACGGCAGAUUUUGUGGGGGAGUUGUGCCUUCACCCACAUCGUUGGCCAACGGAUGUGGUGACGUGCACCUCCGUCGAUGGAUGGUCCCUUUCAGUGGAUGAGAUUAUGCGGGCUCUUUCCAGCAUUAACGCGGAUUCUCAGGCGGUGGAUAUUUGUCGACAGGGCAUUGAAUUGUAUCGUGCACAGUAUGGGCAAGACAACGUUAUUGAGGAGCUUGUACACACAAUACCCUAUUCACCUACGAUUGAAAACGGUGAUGGCGCGACUCCACGCACAAAGAGGGCCACAGUUUUCUGUACAACUGAUUCACAGGGUUUGGCUGGGAUGCCUGUGUCAUUGCUGGGGCAAGCUGAGGGGAUUGAUACUAAUUUUGACUGGAAUGAAUACGCAAUGGAGGACAAAUCCAACUUCUCACUCGAAGAACACGAUGACGUUGAACAGAUGAAGCGUAGUGAACGACGAUCUUUAGAACAGAGUAUUGAAAAUAAACUGAGUUGGCGUGUAGGAGGACUUUUAUCCGUCUCUGAAACGAAGAGUUCAAGUGAUGUAGACUCUGACUUCUCUGUUCAUAUUGAUGAUAUGCAGCAGAUGUUGGUGGAACAGGUGUUUUUGAUGCCCACUGAGCGACAACCGAGGCUACUUCGACAAAUUAACCAUAGUAAGAUUACGCUUAUCUUUGAUGAUGAAGUGAAUCCAAUGGAAGAAUUAUCUUCCGACACCUCCACCACUAAUGAUCUCACACUACCUCAAUAUGUUGUGCCAUCCCCUGUAGUCUAUACCCUUGACGGUGUCACUGCCUACAGUGAUGGAAACCCGGUACCAGUGGCUGAGGUUCCCUCAACCAUUAGCCCACGCACAGGUUUAGAUUUCGUUGCUACAGCAACACAUCGACGAAGCCAUACACCUGAAUUUUCACGUUCUAUUCCCUGGCAAGUCGCUACACCGCGUACCCCAAGGGAGCUGAGUGGUGCUGCAUCAAAGUCCCCACUGAGUGGAGUCCCGCAAAAUUCACGAUCGUUAAGACCAACUUCAGCCUUCUCCCUGAGGCGUACACUGAUACGUGCGGCUUCCGCUGGAUGUAAUCAACGGAUGAAUCAGAGUACUGCUAUUGGUAACCGAAACAGUGCUCAUGGUACUCUCAUCUUGUCUCAAAUUUCAGACAAUAUGAGCACAGGUGCGUCGAGUAAUGCCAACAGCUGGACAAAGGCUAAUAGUAUUGACCUUUCACAGAAGGCAAAGAUUACGGCUACCAUGUUUCAGUCUGCACUAGACCGGUACGUCAAAUUGGAUGAUCAAAGUUAUUUUCAGGAAAUCGUCCGCGUUUGUUUGCCGUCGCAACCAGAGGAACAAUGGUUUGAGGAGGAUACAAGCAAACCCGCAAAAAAGAUUGAGGGACUAAUUUUACUGUUGAUGCAUGUAAGACGUUGCGAGGGUAUCGAAAUUGAUGAGACUAUGAAAUUUCCCAUUGUAAAAGUAUCCACUAACGCCGGUGUGCUUAUGCGUACUCCAGUUAUGGAAGACCGUGAGGAACCUGUGUGGCCCAUUGAAACUGCCUCAUGUAUCAAUUUUAUCCAUGCUGACUCGGAGGUUCAUUUUACAAUAUGUGAUGCCCAAGAUGAAGGUAAGAUUGCAUAUUCCGCCACAUUGCCUACAAGCAAACUUCAAGAGAAUGGGGGUGUGGGUACGAUAUAUAUACCUAUGCAUGCCGAGGAGCUUGGCUUAUCUGAAUCAAGCGCUAAUCUUGGGGCUCAGGUUGAGAUUUGCAUGCUGGCUGUUAAAGCCUCUAAAAACAGUAGUUUGAAAAAGCGCCUUGAUGACGAAGAGGAUGAGGAAUCUUCAGAUGAUUUUAGUACAGUGUAUUUGCAGGUUUUAGGCGUUCAAGGUUUAAAACACCGUAUUGAGGCCGUUGUCAGUGUUUCUGUGGAGAGCGAUGGGAAAAGCAAGGAAAUUCUGCGUACUCCAAAAGUCACACCAAAGACUUGCACACCCUCUUGGCCAGGGCAAUGUAGUUUUUGUCUUGUUAAAAGUGACGGUAUUGUUAGCUUUGAUUUGUAUCAUCAUGAUGUGUUUUUGGCGUCGUACGACACCCCCAUUGAUACCCUGGCUUUUGGUGGGACAGGCAUUUAUGUCUUUCACUUGGUUAAGGCGCAGGGAAACCCAGGCGAAGUCUAUGGGGAUAUCACAGUAUCUGUUCUUGAUCUGAAGGCGGCUUCUGUGAAGGAGCAUGCCUUGAAUCAACCAGCCAACGUUCUCCUAUUACACGUGGAUAGCUUGAAGUUGGCGUUAACCUCAGAGGAGUUUACUCCCGACCCUUUUGUUGUUGUACGCGGGUUAAACGGAGAAGUUAUCCUGCGCACCACACUCAAUCUUGGCACCUACAAUGCAAAAUGGACCGAGGAGGAGGCGUCGUGUUUUAUCGUGUGUCCAAUGCUUGAAGGGGCGACUGCCAUCUUCCAACUUGAAGUAUACGACAACAACGAGUCCAAUAAAAUUGGUACGGCAACGAUGACGGUGACGAGAAAAGGACUACGGCGUAGCCGCAUGCAAAUUCCUGUGGGGAACUGUGGGUUGUUAACCUUAGUGGCUCACGCGUUUCCUAUUCAGGAGGUUCAGCGGCCACCGCACCAAAGGAAAGUUUCUUUCCUUGGCGAAAAUAAUGGGGAAGAAUUAUUGAUAUCGAUUCAUGUUAGUGGCUGUGACAAUCUUCAGGGUACAGGCUUUGACGACUUUCAGAUUGAUCCCAUUGUAACUGCACGUAUAGGACGAAGACGCAUGGUGGUUGCACCAUUGAUCUCCGGAAGCACAGCCCCACGAUGGCCGUAUCCAAAGGCCACGUUUGUUUUACCUGUUUUGCCAGACCUCUUAAAUUCUAUCACCUUGGAGGUGUGGGAUACAAACAUCGAGUUGUGUGAUGUGCUUGGUGUUGCACGCAUCCCAAUUGAGGAACUUUGCCGAACAGGUACGCAUCAUUUUUCACUCCAACCUCACAAGGAUCAGGAAUUUGGGCGACGGCAGAAUCUGGGCACUAUCACUGUAAAAACUCGCUUUGGACGAAGGAACGGCAAGGUCAUUUCUGAUGGAUCUUCAGAUUUACUUUUCAUUGGGAACAGCUACGGUGGAAGCUUGCUGGACAACCGUCUGUUUCAAACGCCAGGUGACACCCCAGAGCUUUCUGUCACGCGCGUUCGUGUGCACAUCUCCUGCUGUAGCGCACUUCAGACUGAGCCCUCAAUUAGGUUCAUCAAGGUCACUUUGUCAUGUCUUCAGCACGUGUUGCUUGAGGUGAGGAAGGAGUACGACAGGUCCAGUAGCGUUGCCUGGUCGUUGGAGGAAGCACGGGUGGUUCUUGACCUGCGGUCAAUUUACGGGCGUUUGUUGCGCUUGAGAGUUGCGCGCAGUUCCUCGACCUUUGGAGGUGAUUAUACAGACAUUGGGUCGGCGUUUGUGCCCUUCUCGACACUUCUCUCAGUUGCUCCAGAGAUCAUUUCAGUUCGGAGUUUUUUGCUUACUAACUCGCCGAGCGACCAACACCGGGUAAGUGCAUUUGAAGGAGUGGAUCGUUCACGAAGCACUAGUGUCAGCUCAGAUACGCCGACCAUCACCCUCUCUUUUCUCGCAUCAAACGAGGCAAACCUUAUAGGUGAGGAGGGUGAUUAG